CUGCUGGGGGAGGCUGGAGGAGGAGGCACAGGGGGUGGCCCUGGGCACCGGCGACACAUUUCCUGGACUAUAAAUUGAACACCUGGGAUGGGUAGGGAGCCGACGGAGACACCGCCGCCGGCAGCCACAGUCCAGCCACUGAGCACCGCAGGGCCCUUGGGCGGCAGCCGCUGGCAGAGAGAACACUGAGCCGAAAGAGGAGGCCGAGCUCGACCCCCCCCCCCCCACCAUCGAGAUCUUCCGGACGUCCAAGCUAGAGAAGCCGCACACUAGGCAGGCCCGGGCUGCCAGCCAGGCGAGAGUUGGAGAGUGCAGGGCGUAGGCGGAGUCGGGAAUCCCCCCUCACCGGCUAUCGCCAGGCUUGGGCUGCAGGCCUCGCCUUGGAGAGCUCUUGAAGGCGGGCACCCCCAAGCCCGGGCCGACCAUCCUUGUGCCCCUGUGUCCCCGCGCUUCGGUGCCCCCGCAGCCAUCAUGAUGCAAAUCUGCGAUACCUAUAACCAGAAGCACUCGCUCUUUAACGCCAUGAAUCGCUUCAUUGGCGCCGUGAACAACAUGGACCAGACGGUGAUGGUGCCCAGCCUUCUGCGCGACGUGCCCCUGGCUGAGCCUGAGCUAGACAACGGCGUCGGCGUGGAGGUAGGCAGCAGAGGCAGCUGCUUGGAGGAGCGCACGCCUCCUCGGGCUGCCAGCCCGGGCAGCGCCAACGGCAGCUUUUUCGCGCCCUCCCGGGACAUGUACAGCCACUACGUGCUGCUCAAGUCCAUUCGCAACGACAUCGAGUGGGGAGUCCUGCACCAGCCGCCUUCCGCUGCAGCAGGGAGCGAGGAGAACAACGCGUGGAAGUCCAAGGACAUCCUGGUGGACCUGAGCCACUUGGAGAGCGCGGAUACCGGCGAGGAAGACCUGGAGCAGCAGUUCCACUAUCACCUGCGCGGGCUGCACACUGUGCUCUCCAAACUCACCCACAAAGCCAACAUCCUGACCAAUAGAUACAAGCAGGAGAUCGGCUUCAGCAAUUGGGGCCACUGAGGCGGGGCGCCUGUGGCUGCCCAGCACCCUCUCAGGGCCCAUCUCUCACCCUCUGUCUUUCCUCAAAGUUAUUUUCUUUCUGGUUGUGGGGCACGAGGGGCACAUUGCAAAGUUGGGCUGUGUAUGUGCAGGGGGCUCAGAGGGAAUGUGUGGAGGAGAGGGCCUUGUUCUCAAGAAGAGGAAACUCUUGGUGGGAGACGGGGGCUUGAGGAUCCCCCCACGAGGGGACUGUAUUUGUAUUGUUGGGAAUAGGACUGAGCUGACGCCCCACAUUCAGCCUGUGCCUUUCUUGGGGUUUCUUUUACUCUUCUAAUUUCUGGAGGCAAAGGACCUGAGAAGGGACCUUGCCAGGGCGUGGCGCUGGGUUGCCACACUUGGGAGCACAGCCUGAGCCGGGUGCUGCGGAAGGCGGAGCGCGCAAUCUUCUGCCCGCCCUGCUGUUGAGCCGGCUGAGGCCCUAGCGUUGCUAGGAUUGCGUCAGUUUUCCUGUUUGCACUAUUUCUCUUUGUAACAGUGGCCCUGUCUUAAGUAUUUCAAAUUCCCUCCUUGCUCUGAAACUUCAGUGAUUCCAUUGUGAUAAGCGCACAAACAGCACUGUUAGUAACCGGUACUACUUUAUUAAUGAUUUUCUGUUACACUGUACAGCAAUCCUGUGGCACCCCGCCCCAUCCCUUUCACACCGCCCCGCCCCCACCCCAGUGUGUGUGAGCUGGCCGUCCGCCAGCUUGUACGGAGCUUGCCACCCAGUGAAAAAUAAUAACAUUAUUAUGAGAAAAUGGAUUCAUCAGAAAUGGAACCAACUGAUAUUCUAUCUGUGUUGUACAUAGAAUGAUGAAGGGUUCCACUGUUGUUCUCUCUUAAAUUUAUUUAAAACGUUUUUUAAUCCAGAUGUAGAUUAUAUUCUAAAAAUAAAAAAUGUUAACUAAACUGGA